GCACAGAACAACCAACACCAGGCGAAGCACCAUAGCUUUACUUUGCCUUUAGCGAUUAAAAAAAGUCCACGCUUUGCCAGUAUAGAUUCAUUAAAAACUGGAGGACCCCCCAAAUUCUCGCUCUGAAGACAACCACUACCCUGCCUUCGCUCAGAUUUUCCAUCACAGGCCAUUUUUAGUUUCCUCUCUCCCUUCACUUUUCCUCUCCCUCUAGCUCUUGCAUGGAAUAGUAGAAGUGUUAUUAUUACCAUAAUCCUGUCUCUGAUCACAAGAAGAAACCGAACAUGAUGCCUCGCAGUUGCUCACAGUGCGGAAACAACGGCCACAACUCGCGCACAUGCGGGGAGAGUCCAGCUGGUGGGGAUCAGAGUAGUUCUACUGGUAUUAUGCUGUUUGGUGUGAGAGUCACUGAAGUAGCUGCUUCUUUUCGAAAAAGUUAUAGCAUGAACAAUCUCUCGCAGUAUGAUGACCAGCCUCACGAGGAACCCAACGCCGAUGUAGCCGCCGGUUAUGAAUCCGACGACGUCGUUCACGCCUCUGGCAGAAGCCGCGAGCGCAAAAGAGGGGUUCCAUGGACAGAGGAAGAACACAAACUUUUCUUGUUGGGGUUGCAGAAAGUAGGGAAAGGAGAUUGGAGAGGGAUUUCAAGAAACUUUGUCAAGACACGAACCCCUACGCAGGUGGCUAGUCAUGCUCAAAAGUACUUCCUCCGCAGAAAUAACCAGAAUCGCCGACGACGGAGAUCUAGUCUCUUUGAUAUUACCACUGAUACAUUCAUGGGUUCAUCAAUGGAAGAAGAUCAAGUACACCAAGAAACUGCAACUCCAGCAUUGCCACAGCUACAGCUACAGCCACGGCCAUGUUUGAACAACAAUAGGCCUGGAGGGUUUCCUAUGUCAACUUUUCCUGUAACUGGAAUUAGUCCUGUAACUUCACCGGUCAGUGGUGACAACCCACUGGAGAAGCUCACAUCAGGACAGACAAACGUAAAUAAAAAAUCAUCCAAGCUUGUUCGUCCAGUACCAAUUGUUCCAAUCCCUCCAUCUUCAAAAAUGGCUGGUCUUAACUUGAAUCAGAAAAGCCCCGAAGACCAAUUCCCAGCUCUAUCACUCAAGCUCUCUACUCCAUCCUCCGAGGAGCAGCAGCAGUCACCACCAGCAUCGACACAUUCAUCAACAUUUCAGGCCAUUUCGAGUAGUGAUAGCAUCAUUAGUGUUGCUUGAAGAAUAUGUAUAUACAAUUGCCUUACAUAUAUAUAAAUGUGAUAUUAUAUUAAUGGGCGGGGCACGUACUUGUAGAGGUUGGAAAAUAUUGGAUUAAUUAGAAGAACUAGGGCUAAUAUUAGACUACUACUAUUAGGUGAUUCUUGCUCGUACACGUUAGAGAGAGAUUUGAAGAAAAAGAUUGGAUGUCUUUUUCCAUUGUGGGGGAGAUUUAUGGAUUCUUGUUUACUUUGUAUGCUUCCUUUUGUGGUGAAAUGAUAGGGCACCCAGUACUCUGUGUCAGCUACCAUAUAUGUA